AUGUUGUUGUCCGUGUUGCCCUGGCUCUUCCCGUCGGCGCUCGCCGCUCAACCAUCUGCGCCCGACCCCAUCCCCGUUCCUCUACGUAACCUUGAGUUCGGGCAACUAAACUUCCUUCAUACUACUGAUACUCAUGGCUGGCUGGCUGGUCAUUUGCAGGAACCAUCCUAUUCCGCCGAUUGGGGAGACUAUAUCUCUUUCACCACGCAUAUUCGGGAAAAGGUAGAAGCACAAGGUCAAGAUUUGCUGGUCAUAGAUACAGGUGAUCGGGUGGAGGGGAAUGGCCUCUACGACUCAUCCGACCCCAAAGGCAUCUACCUGUCGGAGAUCAUCCGGCAUCAACACAUCGACGUGAUAACCUCGGGGAACCAUGAGCUCUACCAACAUAACACUUCAAAUAACGAGCUGCUGACAACCGUACCCAACUUCCGGGGUCAUUAUCUAUCAUCCAACAUCGAUAUUUAUCACCCUAUAACCCAGGAGCUGGUUCCACUCGCCCCGCGGUACAAGAAAUUUACCACCAAGGUGCAAGGCAUCCGCAUCGUAGCAUUUGGCUUCCUCUUUAAUUUCAACGGGAACUACAACAAUACCGUUGUGCAGCCCGUGGAAGCCACCAUCCAGGAAGAGUGGUUCCAGGAAGCGAUUCAGGAUAAAGAAGUAGAUCUCUUUUUGGUCGCCGGACAUGUCCCGGCGCAUUCACCGGAAUACCGUGCGAUCUUCAGAGCGAUCCGCAAGGUCCACUGGGCCGCACCGAUACAGUUCUUUGCUGGUCAUGAACAUAUCCGCGAUUAUGCGCAAUACGACUCCAGAGCUAUGGCCCUAGCCAGUGGCCGAUUCAUGGAGACCAUCGGGUUCAUGUCCAUCGAUGGUCUCUCCACUAGUAACCGACCAACCGUGGCUUCAACCCCCGUGUUCAAGCGACGAUACAUAGAUAACAACCUUUUUUCUUUCUACCACCAUACUGGACUGGAUGAAAGUUCAUUCCCGACCGAGAAGGGAAUUGAAGUGUCCAAGAUGAUUACUGAGGCGCGGAGCGCCCUGGACCUAGAUCGAGUUUAUGGCUGCGCGCCUCGCGAUCUGUGGAUGUCGCGCGUGCCUUACCCACAUCCAGACAGUAUCUUUACUUGGCUAGAGACUGAAGUGCUAGCCGCUUUAUUGAAAGAUGAUACUCGCCGUGGUGUCCCUACCGUCGCUAUUUUGAAUACGGGUGGAAUACGUUUCGAUAUCUUCAAGGGCCAGUUUACCCGCGACAGCGCAUUCAUUAUAUCUCCCUUCGUCAACAACUUCCGCUAUGUAAAGGACGUUCCCUAUGAGAAAGUCCAACUUAUCAUGGAUAUUCUCAACAAACAGACAAAGAUCUUGGAGACGUUAGAAACCGAAAAUGGUCUAUCUAUGGCCGACUUAGCCUCCCCUGAUCAACGAGACAUGGCAAUGCAUUCCUCGAACAAAAAUGAUAUGGAGAGUCGACUGCCCAUGAAUGCCGGCUCUCACCAGGUCCCUCUGGUGGCCAAACGUGGUGAUGCCAAGAUCAUCCCCGGAUACACGACCAAGGACGAUGCCGGUACAGAUGGGGACGAUACCAUCCAUUCACCCAUCAAUGCCUACCAGCUACCCAAUUGCAUUCAGUCCCUACUGUCUGCCAACGAAACCACAAAGCCUGAGACGGUAGACCUGGUCUACAUUACCUUUGUUCAGCCAUUCUUGGUGCUCGCUGCUAAAUACGCCGAUCUCGAUGUUGAUUUCGUCAAAGACAGCGAGAUGUAUAUGCCCAACGCUACCAUGUCAGAUUUGAUUCGAGACUACGUAGAGGAGAACUGGAAGUGCGAGUAA